AUGUACAAGAAGUCAUGUACAUUUGACAUCUCGGAGGCAUUUAUUAAACUUCGUCAUCAUAUUGUUCUUCAAGGUGGUAAAUAUAAUUACGCCGAGGUGUUGGAGAAGUCGAUAUUAUUCUAUGAAGCCCAGAGAUCUGGUAAACUACCAGCUAAUAACAGAAUACCAUGGAGAGGAGAUUCAGCUUUAAGUGAUAAAGGAUCAAAUGGUGAAGAUUUAACUGGUGGAUGGUAUGAUGCUGGAGACAAUGUAAAGUUUAAUUUUCCCAUGGCUUGGAGUACAACUGUAUUAACAUGGGGAAUGAUUCAAUGGAAAGAUGCUUAUGAGAAAACUGGCCAAUUAAACCAUAUGUAUGAAUCUAUCAGAUGGCCUCUGGACUAUCUCAUGAAAUGCCACACGAAACCAAAUGAACUUUAUGUACAGGUAGGUGAUGGUGGAAAAGACCACGGAUCGUGGACUAGUCCUGAACGAAUGCAAGGAAGUAGACCAGCAUUUAAAAUAGAUACCACACGUGGUGGAGCUGAUGUUGGUAUGGAAACUGCCGCAGCAUUAGCUGCUGGAUCUAUUGCUUUCAAAACAAAAGAUAGUGCUUACUCCCAUAAACUGUUAACUCAAGCCAAGUCUAUUUAUCAGUUUGCUAGAAAGACUAACAAUCUAUACAGUAACAGUGUUAAUGCUGCUGCAGCCUAUUACAAGUCGAAUAACAUCACAGAUGAAUUAGGUUGGGGAGCCUUAUGGAUGUAUAAAGCCACUGGUGAUAAAUCAUAUAUAGCUGAAGCCGAAAAACAUCAUGAACCAGGUGCAGCUUGGGGUUUCUCGUGGGACGAAAAAACCGCAGGCGUCAAUAUGUUGCUGUACGAAAUUACAAAAAACAACAAAUACAAACAAGAUCUUAUUGAUACAUUUAAAUCGUGGAUGCCUGGUGGAGAUUUACCAUAUACACCAAAAUGUCUAGCAUUUAGACUAGAAUGGGGAGCUCUAAGAUAUUCUGCUAAUACAGCUUUGAUAGCUCUGAUGGCUGCAGAUCAAGGUGUCAAUCCCGCCUUGUACAGAAAAUGGGCCUUAAGUCAAAUCAACUAUGCUUUGGGUGACGCUGGUAGGAGCUUUGUUGUUGGAUUUGGCAAAAAUCCUCCGACACGACCACAUCACAGAGCAAGCUCGUGUCCAUUGUUACCAGCACCAUGCGGUUGGUCUGCACAACAGAAUCCCGGACCCAAUCCACACACUCUUUACGGUGCCCUAGUUGGGGGUCCUGGUAAGAAUGAUGAUUAUGCUGAUGACAGAAAGGAUUAUACAAAGAAUGAGGUUGCAUGUGAUUACAAUGCUGGAUUCCAAUCCACUGUUGCAGGUAAUGUACUGCCUUCCGCAAGAUUACUUCUAAACGUAUCCAAUUAUGAUACUCCUCGAGCCUGGUACUGGCCAUGUUCCUUUUAA